AUGGUGAACCUAUCGCCGCCGACAAUCUCGCUUCUGGCGCCCGAGGGAAGCACUCCCAACCCGCAAAGUGCCACUGCCAACACAAGCUCCACCACCGCCUGGCCAUCCCUGGCCCAGCUGAUCCCCAUCCCGCAAAGAGACCUGUUUCUGCUGCUGACCCUGCCACUUGCGCUGGCAGCGGCUCCUGGCGGCCUUUCAGUAGCCACCGAAGCUCCCAUAGCGCUUUCGGCGUCUCCAUCCCACGACUUUGGUCUCAGCCCGGGCGCAGGGCCUUCAAGCAAUGGCCACGGCAACACCAACCCCAACGGCCACAGCAACGGCUCUGGUUCUGGCAACGGCAACGGCAACGGCACCAGCCGCCGGAUGCGCCUGGGGUCGCUAUUUUCGACGAUGCUGAUCUGGAACGACGACGCUGUAUCUCUUAACUCGCCGGGCCACAACCUGGGGCUGAGCUUUUUGGACUUUGGUGAUCUGUCGCUUUCUUCGAGUCAGGGCCCGUUCAUUAGUCCCACGCUAGGCGCCCAGCCGUCCUCGUUGGAGAACGGCCUCUUGUCGAAUCCAACAGCAACUGCCACGAGAAACAGGUCCCACACUACUAGCGGCGCCCACGGCUACCUGCUCCAGCACCCACUAGCGGAUAGCUCCUCCCAGCAUUCCCAGCUGGCGCAAAAUGCUCAACACCACCAGCAUUCUCAACAGGCCCAGUUCCUGGCCCCUCACUCUGAAAACUCCAUGUUUUUGGAUAAUCUUAUGCUUAAUAUCCCCGACUCCGCCAUGGCCUCCUUGGGCACCAGAAAUAGGUCCCAGACAUACCUGGGCGUUGCUCUGAACGUGCCAGAGCUCUCCAUGGCGGCCAACCUGAUAAUGCUUCUUCAACAAGCGCAAAACCAGGGCCAAGGCCAUACACUGGCCCAGUCUCGCGACAGAACGCAGACUCCUAAUCAGCAUCCUAAUACUACUUUCAACUUGCCCCCGUUCCGUCCCCACCACGACACCAUCUCAGGAACCGCUUCCAACUUGUACCAGCCGCUUUUGGAAAAUGACUUCAACUUUGCCCUGGUGGUGAUCACCACCAAUUUCGAAAACCCAAGCUUGGGUCCCACCUCCACCCUCCUUCUCGACAAUGUGCCCCAAUUCAUGGAUGCAGCGAAAUUGUGGCAAUUGAUAGCAAGCUUCCCAGGCGCUAUGGGCAACCCAUUGCACGGCAGAGGCGUAAUCUACAUCAGAAUGAGCCCUACAAACACUACCAAGUUGGCCUUGGUGGAGUGUUCUUCGAUCGAGGUGGCCAUGAAUUUGAAGGCCAAUUUUAAUCACUUGGAGCUUGUUCCUGGGCUUAUCUUGUACGUUGCGUUUGCUAAACUCUCCGAGAGACCCCUUGCAUCUGUGCCUUCAUCUGGUCAGUCUCAACAAUCGUUCAAACAAGGCAACGGCAGCUACAAAAAUGACUCGAGCAACGUGUCUGUCAAGUCAAACUCUGGCAGUUUGAACAGGUCUCUGAGUAAAGCCAAGAAAGCCCGUCCGCAGGGGUCUACUGAGGUUGAUCUUGAAGGUAUCCAAGGGGACUUGGUCCACUUGGUGUCAACAUUGUCUAUGCUCACUAGUGUGGAUGUGAACAAGGUAAAACUGUUCUUGAGCGAUACCUUGAAGUACCCAAAGGAAAACUACGAAAGCAACUUUGGUCGAUUACCUGAUCCAAUCCCUGUGCGCCAAUUUGACUCUCCUAAGUUGAGAGAGUUGCGUAAGGUUUUUGAAGCAACAGAAAAGGCCACCUCUGCUGGUCAAAGUGACAAAGCCGACAAGAACGAUACGGAAACGGAAAUCAUGACACAGAAAGAAUUGGAGAGCUUGUGCAACUCCAUGAUGGAGGAAUUGCCUGAGUUGUGUUACGAUCACAUUGGUAAUACCAUUGUGCAGAAGUUGUUCACUCUAGUGGAGUCUCCUCAGAUCAAAUUGGCCAUGGUCAAACAGCUUGCUCCAUACAUGACCCAGUUCAGUAUCCACAAAAACGGAACGUGGGCAAUCCAAAAAAUUAUCAAUUUGUGUCACGAUGAUAACGAACAGAAGGCUAUUAUUGCUGCAAGCUUGAAGCCUUAUGCCGUGAAGUUGUUUAAUGAUCAGUUCGGUAACUAUGUGUUACAAUGUUGUCUCAAGUUCGGUCCACCGUACAACAACUUCAUCUUUGAGGCCAUUUUGCAGAACUUCUUGGAAAUCUCGUAUGGCAGAUUUGGAGCCCGUUGUAUCCGUACGAUUCUUGAAACUGCUUGUGACACGAAGUCUCCAAACAGGGGUUGUGUGACCAACGAGCAAAUGUUCCUAGUUGCGGGCAUGAUUGUAGAGUUUGCCAAUGAAUUGGUGGUCAACAACAACGGUUCACUUCUCAUCACCUGGUUCUUAGAGACCUUCACGGGUUGCAAGUCGUUGCAACAUGACUAUCGCUACGAGUUGAUGUGUGACAAAUUUUUGCCACAACUAGGUCAUUUGUGCACUCAUAAAUUGGCCAACUUGACCAUCUUCAACAUUCUCAACAACCGUACGGACAUGGCGGUAAGAAAUCGAAUCAUGAAUGAGAUAUUUGGCCCUUUCAACGAACAUGACCUCGAAGGAAUGAGCGCUCGUCCUCCUACAACACUCUUAGAGACCAUUUUGGCCGAGAAUCAAGAACAAACCACAGGUCCACUAUUUAUUUACAAAAUCUUGUCGAACCCCAUGCUUAUGAACAUUGGCAACGAGCUUACGAACGCGAGAUACAAGCAGUAUAUUGUGGGUCAGGUUAAGCGAGUGCUCAUGGAGAUUCAAAUAACGAACCUCCAGCCGUACAAAAAAUUGGUCGAUGAAGUCGGGCUCUCCACCAAUCGUUUGAGUCGCUCUGGCCUGUCUACUAGGAAAGGUAAGCGUGAUCGUCGUGGCAACAAGAGCCAUCCUCCACAUCAUUCGCUGCAGCCAUUACCUCCACACUUCGUUCAGCCAGGCCAGGGAAUGCCCCCAAUGGGUUACGGAAUGCCAAAGAUGGCCAUGGGAGACAACGGCCAGGCCAACAUGAUGCAACACGGAUACUAUUCUGAGAUGGCCCCAGGGGCCAUGUACAAUGGAGGCCCAAACGACUUCAGCCCAAUCUACCAGCAGAGACCCCCAGCUCCACCACAGCAGCUUCAGCAAGAUAUCAACGUGAUGCAGCAACUUGAGCAGCUUUCGUUGAGCUCAGCCGCCAUGGGGUACACUUCGAACCCAGACACUCCCAACACGGGCCACGGCACGCGGUUCGUUUAA